AUGGGUACAAAUCGAUGCAUCUCUAAGAAUGUAGUUAUGAAAUCGCGGGAAGCUUACAAUUAUCUUCACGAAUGGCUGGAUAAACAGCAGCUGGAAGACACGUCUCUGAGUAUUGGGCCGAAGGGCAGCUACUUCGCUCGUUGUGGCUCGACGUGGAUCUCUCAUGGACUUCCGAAAGACCUGAUGACCAAACUGGAGCGCAACAAGGACGAGUUCACGCCAGUUCAUGUUGCCCUCGGGCUGCACGGCUCCUGGGUUGUGCUCUGGUCUGAUGGUGAUUUAUCCUGGAAGCUGAAGAACUCGUAUCCUGGACUUGCCCAGAGCGAUGCACUUACUGGUGGAGUUGGCCAGGUACUUUUUGUAGCACUGAGUCCAUUCGAGGAAGAUGGUUAUUUCAUCGCAGGUGAAAACGGAUGUUCCUUCAACGCGAACUUGUCGUCGAGGAAAGAUUGCGAAAAGCUUCAGACGCUGAUGGAUGAUUACUUGCGGGUGCGAGCAAAGCGCGACAAUGUAACGUUCAACUACCCUACUAAGAUCAACGGGAUGGUGCAAAACGUAAGUGUCACACCGACUACAUACGAGAAACGAGCGGGCGACUCGAUUUUGGAAAUCUGGAGACAGAGGCGACAUAUGCUUUUAAGGAAGGAGAAUGUGCCCCUAAUUGGGGCUGGAGCUGUAUUAUAG